AUGUCCUUUGAAGAUUUCGUUGAAACAUUCGCCAGCAUAGGAGCAAAAUUAGAAAUUCCUAAAGGAAAUGGGCCUUAUAUUUAUCGUGUACAUGGACAAGUGUAUCAUAAUACAUAUGCCCUUCAUCCCGAUGGUGAUGACAAUCGAAAAUAUGGUCAGUUGUACAUUAUUGACACUAAUGAAGCAGUACUUGAACGAUUAAAGAAUAAAUCUAAUAAGAAAUGUUUAUCAUCAUUAAUGGAAGAAAUAGAUAAAUUAUUAAGGGAAAUUAAUCCUUAUGCUAAAGCUUUUAAAAUGAUGAGAGAGGUAGAAUUAGAAGAAGAAGCACUAGCAAAAUCUAAAAAUGAGCCUAUAAGGAAUAUUCAAAUGUGGAUUAAACGAGAUAGAUCAUUGAAUCAAAGCAAAUUUAAUGUUCCAUCUUGUAGUGAAGUAGCACUUGUAUUUGUUAGCGAAGAUGGUGAACCUCCUAUGGAACAAGAACUUUUAAUCAAUGUUUACAAUUAG